AUGGUCGUCUCAGCGUUGCGACGGCCCGACCGGCACGCGGCGGUCGUCAGGUGGCUGGAGGCUCAGCCUGCUGAAGCACUCUACAUCAGCGUCAUCACAGUGGCUGAGAUCAUGUACGGCGCUGUCCGCCAGAGCAGGAGACAACCGGCAUUCGCCGAGCAACUGGAGCAAUGGCUGGAAGCUGUAGUGACCUCAUUCCACGACCGUGUGCUCCCGCUGGAUGAGGAGACCGCCAAGCGCUGGGGCCUACUGCACGCGGAGCUAGGCUACACCAAUUCGGACCUGCAGAUAGCUGCCACCGCACUACGCCACAACUUGACAGUGGUCACCCGCAAUGUACGAGACUUCAUCCCCACGGGAGUCAGAGUAAUAAACCCCUUCGAGGGGGACGAAGAAUAA